AUGGCGCCCGCCCUUUGCUCCAAGUGCUCGACCCUGCGCUUCUACGACGUCUUCAACGACGAUGUGGUCUUCCACCCGGACCUAAACUCCCUCGUCCAAUCGGCCAAAAAGUGCGAGAGCUGUAACUUGUGGUGGACUCAGCUUCAACGGGACUGCAGCACAGAGGACAUCGCAGCUUGUCUCGCCCGCAAACUUCCCACCCAUGUUGCAAAAUCAAGCAACAACGGCGACUUCAAGAUCUACCUUCGCGGCGAAUGGCACCCUGCAGGCACGGCCAGUGUUCCCGACCAGAUCUGGCUCUCCUGCGGCGUCCUUGUGUCAGCCGCUGGCCACGAUGCGCCAACCAAAUUGCAAACCCAUCUGGCCGUUUUUGCUGACCCUGCUACCCCCGCCGGCGCCUUGUUUGCGGGAAGAUACAGCACUAAUGCUCACAACCGUGAAUACUACGCGACGUUUGCCAAGGGGACGUUGAACGCUUGUCGCAAAACACACGGAGUUUGCAACCAGGCUUCCCCUCCUACACCAAGACAGAUGCCUACGAGGGUUAUCGACGUUGGAGAUCAGACCUUGCCUGCCGCCAAAAGGGUGACUCGAAUCGUCUUGACCAAGGAUCUGAAGCAGCCGCAGCCUUAUACGGCCCUGUCUUAUUGCUGGGGCAGAGGCACUCAAGCGAUGCUCAACGCCAAGAACUUUGCCGACUUCACCAAGCUCCUCCCCGAAUCCAAGCUCAGCAAGACCCAUAUCGAAGCCAUCGAUCUCACUCGCCUCCUUGGUAUCCGAUAUCUCUGGAUCGACGCCCUCUGCAUUAUUCAGCGAAACCAAGAAGAUUGGGAGUUCGAGUCCAAGCGCAUGGCGUCGGUCUAUGGCAAUGCCGAACUGACUAUCAUCGCCGGCCGGUCUGCCGAUAGCGGUCUCGGCUUUGUGACAAACGAUUACCUGACCAGCAAGAAUCUUCCAAAACCGGUUCCAAUGAAAACCGGUCCUCAUCCACAUACUGGCGAGGGCCCAGAUCUUGGAACUGUCUACCUGACAAUCCAACGCUCCAAGACUGUCGGUCCGGUAGAUAUGAGAGGCUGGUGCUUCCAAGAAGCCCUUCUUUCCAACCGCUCCCUCAUUUUCGGGAAAGAUCAGGUAUCCUACCAAUGUCGCCUCCACACGCGAUACGAAGACGGAUGUGUAGAUACUGAUGUCUCCAAGCGAGAACAAUCUCUCACCUCUCUCAAUCCCGGCACCAAACCCGAAGUUUUGAGGAGAUGGUAUCAGAUGCUUGGGAGCUUUACACCCCGAGCCUUGACAGAGCCGCAUGAUAUCUUUGCUUGUAUUGUUUCUGUAGCCAUGAUUACGCACGGCAUCCUGAAGGCGAGAUACUUGGCUGGAUUGUGGGAGUGUGACAUGCCGAGGGCGCUGCUCUGGAAAUCACGCUGGAGUUAUGUCAGUCGCAGACACUUUUUACCCAUUGAGAAGCCGCUUGCAUCUCCGUUCACCGAGCGCAAAGGCGAGAUCCCAGGCAAGCCCGUCAUCCGCGCUCCUUCCUGGAGCUGGGCCAAUGUUGCUGGUGAGGUAUUCUGGGAUACCAACCCUCGCAUCGAGUCCAAAUGGAUGGAUCCCAAGAACAUCCACAUUAAACCGCGCGAUCCAAAGGGGUCGUGGACCAACCAGCGGGGGGCAGGGAGUCCGGAUGUGCUGUACAUGCCCUCACUGGAAUUGCAACUAUUCGUUAAAGCCGUCGAAGUUCGCUGCACCAAUGUCCUCAAGAAAAAGACGCCGUUGACGCCAGAGGGAAUCAUGAUGGAGUCGAUCAAAUCUGCACCGAGCGCAAAACCUGCAACGGCACCAAGUGGACCGGCAAAACCUAGUUACCUCGCCCUUGGCUACUUUGACUUUCCCAGCGAUCCAAGACCGGCCAACAUCUGGUGCUCACUCGUUGUCGCGCAUGAGGGUCUGUUGCUUACCCGCGAUGGAAAGGGCAAGUUUCAACGUGUUGGGUGGUUUGUGGUGCAGGAUGGGAAGCAGUUCGAUGGCGUCAAGGAGAUGGCCGUGGACUUGGUGUAG